AUGCACGUGUCCCUGCCGGCUGCCCAACUCCGGCUGCCGCUGACGAGGCGAGAGCUUGACAAAAACGACCACCCCUCGAUGCACUUUGCGCUUCGUUUUCGAUUUCUAUGCAACAGCAGCAGCAAGCACAACUCCCGAUUUUGCCUAGGCAACGCGGAUUCUCGACCGCCCGCCUCUGGGCCCCCUUCAGCGCCGGUGACGUCUGAUUUCUCUUCACAAGUUGAUUUUCGAACCAAGAUCAUUGAGAUCCUCGCUGGUACUGCUAAUGGGUGCCUCGCAGAACUAGGGUAUUACCCUACUCUGCACCAGGAUAUGCAGAACUUGAAGGUCCAAAAUCAGUUCUUGAACAAUUGUCUUAAAGAAAGGGAUGUUCUUAUGUCGCAAUGGCAGCAAGAGAAUAGAGGGUUGUGGGAGGACAAUCGUCGUUUGAUAUCCCUCGAUGCGGAGAUCAAGGCAAAAAUGGUGGAGAUUGAUACCCUCAAAGCGGAGAUUAUGGGAAAGGAUAUGACCAUCAAAGAGCUGAAUCGUCAGGUCAGAGGAGUUCCUACGCGCGAGGCCGAUGCCUAUCAGAAUCUCCUUCGCGAGCAUCAAGCGCUACUAGGAAAGCAGCGUGCCACACAUAAUGAGAAGAUGAUGCUGGAGAACACAAUCAACCAGCUAAAAUCGAUGGAUAUCGUACCGAAGAAUCAGCAGGGCGUGGCAGGACCAUCAUCCCAGCCAAUGCCCCAACAGCCCGUCCAUCCUCCACUUGCUCAAGUCCUUCCGUAUCCCAAACAACCUGUACAAGACCAGGGUGUUGGACUGGGACAGACCGCUGAUCAACAGGCUCAGCCAAUGCAGCGAGCACCCCAAGCCAUAUAUGUUCCUUCGUCCAGGCCUCCGAAUACACCCCUCCAUAUGAGUACCCAUUCUUUGCCACCCUCUGUCAGCCCUACUCAAAUACCUCCUACCCCACCUAUGAGCGCGUUUCCCGUCCAGAUAUCCCCACCAAUAGUGCCACCAAUCACGCCUGCUUCCGUUCAAGCAAACCCAUACCCACGAAUGGUAACCCCAAAUCCUCAACCACCUUCAAUUCAGGCACAUCCUUCGUUACCUCAGCCACAAACAACACCAUCCUCGCAAGUUCCGAUAUCGCCAGAACGACCCCCGCCUCAGACGCAGGUUCAGAGUGGUAUUGUUCCACCUACUCCUCCUGUUUCUCAUAAAUCGAUGUCACCAGAAGCUUUCACUGAGACGAAACCCGUCAUUCACGCGGCAGGCGACAUGCCUUCAGUUUCAGGUCCUGGGUUCGAAUCUAAUAAUCCUUCGUUGAAGCGCUCUGCUAGCACAAGUGGGGAUGAACCACCUUCGUCCCCCAAGAGGGCAAAAGUGGAGCAAGCGGAAGAUCCUCGCAUGAGCACUUCCAUUGAGGUGUCGAUCCGUGAUAAUGAUGAAAUUGUAGAGGUUGAUGCGACUGGAUUGAGACCAAUCUCAGUUGUUGUGGCGGAGGAUAUGGUGAUCCCGGACGAAGCAGACCCAAACAUCAAGCAUUGUCUCUUUUGCCAAGCACGGUACGAAAAAGGUGCCUUGAGCGAACCCCCAAAGCCAUUUGUCAACAACCCUCAGGAGAUGGAGAAACAUAUGCUUGACGCCCAUCCAACCGCUCUGGAGUCGCUACGGAAAGAGAUAUUUGAUGAAUAG